AUGGGCAGUCACGGAGUCGUUCCCUUGACCAUUGUGGCCCCGUUGCCAGAUUUGUGUCGGCAUGCGGCGAACUGUAUCGCUCGGGCUGAAAAAGAGGUAUUCUUGGGAACCAAUUUUUGGAUAUACUCCGAUGCAUCGACGCUCGUAACCAACGCGUUUCGGGAGCUGUCAAGACGAGCAGGCGAGCGGGGGAGCAAAGUGGUUGUGAAAGUGUUAUACGACAGGGGAAAUCCUCAACAGCUCUGGGAUAAUCACCUGAGCGUAGGUGAGAAGCAGUAUGCGGAUCCAAAUGGCAAAGUCCGACUGCCACCCUCAAGUGAAAUCCCCAACAUCGACCUUCAAGUCACCAACUACCACCGCCCUAUCUUUGGAACUUUUCACGCCAAGUUCAUGGUCAUUGAUCGAAGGAUAGCUUUGCUUCAGAGCAGUAAUGUUCAGGACAACGACAACCUUGAGAUGAUGGUCCAUGUCGAAGGACCCAUUGUGGACUCGUUCUAUGAUACUGCGCUGAUCUCGUGGGGGAAGGCUUUCAGGACGUCCCUUCCAAUGCUGUCCUCUCCGGCCGCAAGCGCGGACAUCCCCAGCAUCUCUGCUCAGCAUUCACAGUCUGGAUCUAAUGAGGACCUACGUUCUCCGUUACCUGAGCACACGUCUCAGGAUCCUCAUUAUGAUUGUGAUGUCCAGCACGAGGCGCAAAGGGUCAACAACACGAUUCGUCCCCGAGCAGGGGAAUCAAAGACUCAAGCUGUCACUCGCCAUCUGAAUACUACAAUUCAGCGAGACACAACCGGCGACGGCCCAGACAGCGACCAGGAACCUCCAAUGCGACCAUACGUGACUCUACCACCUCACAAGCCAUUCCCCAUGGCCCUGGUCAACAGAGAACCCUGGGGAGGCAAGUUCCUCUAUUGGUACUUAAGAAAGAAUGGAACUGCUAACAAUACUUCAGCGCCAAACCAUACCAGCAUCUACACUCCACAAAACUCAGCCUUCCUCUCCGCCUUCAAAAACGCGAAGCACUCCAUCUUCAUCCAGACUCCAAAUAUGAACGCAGAGCCAAUCCUGGAGGCGCUACUCGACGCGGUCCGUCGCGGUGUCACCGUCACAUGCUACCUGUGCCUUGGCUACAACGACGCAGGCCAACUCCUCCCCUUCCAGAACGGCACGAACGAGAUGAUCGCGAACCGACUAUACCGCUCCCUACAUACAGACCAAGAACGCUCGCGACUGCGCAUAUACAAUUACGUAGGCAAAGAUCAAACCAAGCCGAUCCACAAUAAGUACAAAAAGCGAAGCUGCCACAUUAAACUUAUGAUAAUUGAUGAGCGAGUGGCUAUACAGGGGAACGGCAACCUCGACACGCAAUCCUUCUACCACAGCCAGGAAGUGAACCUCCUCCUCGACUCACCUCUUGUGUGCCGUGCCUGGUUGGAACAGGUGAACCAGAACCAGAAUACGGCGCUCUACGGCGCUGUGAGUGCCGAAGACGGGUGCUGGCAUGAUCCGGUUACUGGUGAGAUGCCCAAGGGUUCUAUUGGGGUUGACCCUGGACGCUUCAGUUGGGCCAAAGGGUUUAUUGGUGCUGUACAAAGGGAGCCAAGAUGGCUGAUGAAGAGGCCCAAAUACAUUGAAUCAAGUAUCAUUAUCAUCUACCUGCAUUCCAUUAACCUGAGAGCACACAAUCAUUCCAACAGCAUGUCCAGCCCAUACGACAAACCCAUCGUCGACAUCACCCAGUAUGUAUUCCACUACCGGAUCGACGACGAGAAAGCUUGGUCAGCUGCACGCGUGGCCCUCCUAGACGCCAUGGGAUGCGCCAUCGAAACAAUCUCCACGAGCGAGGAGUGCCAGAAACUACUGGGCCCGACUGUACCAGGCCCCGAGGCCCCGGAUGGCUUCCGACUGCCAGGGACGAAUCUCAGCCUGGACCCGGUCAAGGGCGCAUUCGACAUGGGCACUUUAAUCCGGUACCUGGAUCAUAAUGAUGCGCUAGGCGGCGCAGAAUGGGGUCACCCCUCGGAUAACCUUGGAGCCAUCCUGGCUGUUGCCGACUGGCUAUGUCGCUCCUCCGCAUCAGGGCGAUACAAGCACACCGGGCCCCCACUUACGAUGCGCACGUUGCUCACCGCGCUCAUAAAAGCAUACGAAAUCCAAGGCUGCUUCCAGAUCGGGAAUGCCUUCAACGCCUUUGGCAUCGACCAUGUCAUCCUUGUCAAGCUGGCCUCGGCCGCCGUCGUCGCCUGGCUCCUGGGUCUAACCGAGGAGCAGACGAUGGCGACCCUGUCGCACGUCUGGAUGGACGGCCAUCCGAGCAGAGUGUACAGGACGGGCGCGAACACGAUCCCGCGGAAAGGUUGGGCGGCGGGUGAUGCGAGUAUGCGCGCGGUGCAUCUGGCUCUGCUCGUGCGUGCUGGACAGCCUGGUGCACGCACGCCGCUGAGUUCGGUGCCGUUUGGCUUCUAUGCGCGGACGUUUGGGGCGAGUGGGUUCGAGAUGCCACGACCGUUUGGGGUGUGGACCAUCCAGAAUGUCUUGUUCAAGGUGAUGCCGGUUGAGGGCCAUGGAAUUGCGGCUGUUGAGGCGGCGCUUGUGCAGCUUGGUAAGCUCCGGGCGAGAGGGCUAGGACCGGAAUGUAUUGCCAGGGUUGAGGUUCGGACGACGCAAGCGGCAGAAUCAAUCAUCAAUAAGCGAGGGCCGCUGAAUAAUGCUGCUGAUCGUGAUCAUUGCAUCCAGUAUGUGAUUGCGCUCGCCUUUUUGAAGGGCUCGGCGCCUGAGGCGAGGGACUAUCGAGAUGAGAGUUACUGGGCCAGGAGCGAGGAGCUGGCUUCUCUGCGAGAGAGAAUCUUCAUUCACGUUGACGAGCACCUUACGAGAGACUAUUUGGAUCUAAAUAAGAAGAGUAUCGGCUCUGCGCUCACAGUUCACCUGCAGGACGGUUCUGAACUGCCCCAAGUUCUGGUAGAGUACCCAGCCGGCCAUGUACGAAAUCCUGCCACAGCUCGAGCGGUGCAAGAGAAGUUCACCAAAAACAUGCGGCUAAUGUUUACCGAGAAGGAGAUCUUGAAGAUCCUCCAAGAGAUUGAGAAGGACGACCUACUCAUCAUGGAUUUCGUCGAUCAUUUCGCGAGGCAAUCAUCAAGUCCGAGAUUGUAG